AUUUAAUUUUAAAAGAUACAACAAAUGUAACCGAACUGUGAAGGACGGGUGUCGGUGACCUUCUCAAAUAAAACAUGCGCAUUGUGUUUCCUAACCUGUUGGUGGUUUUGUCACGUGGAAAAGACAGUUGGGUACUGUGUUAGUUAGUGUGAGAAAUACGACAGAGUCUGCGGUACGUGAAGGCAGCACUAGCCAGCGACACCUGAACGCACCUCGCGGGCUUUUCCGCUUCUCCCCAGCAGCAGGCGAACCGCUUCCGGUCGGAGGGGGCACAGCUCCGAGGUGAAGGGAAGCCAGAAUGGCGAGCUUCCAGCUCAGUGCGCAGGAGGACAUGGUGGAGAAGUUUCUGGAUGCUGCAGCCAGAGGAGAUCUAACCCAGGUGUCCACACUGCUGACCCUUGUACCCGCGCUCAUCAACCAGACGGGAUACAGCGGCUGGACGGCGUUGAUGCUCGCCGCUCGCAAUGGGCACUACAGCGUGGUGGAGGAGCUGCUGGCACAUGGCUGUGACAAGUUCUCAGUGAACAGUUCGUCACAGACCGCCUACGACAUCGCCAAGUUCUGGGGCCACCAACACGUCUCCAACCUGCUGGGCCGAACUGACGACGGCUGCCUGCGAGUCCUACCAGGCUCUGACCCCACACAGCAGGAAAACUACUUCAGCAGGGAGACACUGGACCGGCUGAGCGGGAAGAGGACUGACCAGGCCUGGUUGGAGGCCAAACAGAGCGACCCACAUACUGUCUACCUCCUGUUCUCCAACCUCAGUCCUAUGGUCAGCAGCUCCCAGGUCGAGGCCAAGCUGUGUCGGUUCAGAUAUGAGGCAGUUAAAGACCUCAUUCAGAAGCCAGCGACUGUCCUCAUCUUCCUAGGAGUGGAAAAACGGAAAAAGCCCUCUUCUUCCUCUUCACCCUCCCGGUCCUCUCAGAGACAGGAGGGCACCUGGGAGCCUCCUGCUUGGUUUGCCAUUGGCUCAGUUGAAGACUCAGCUGAACUUCUUAAACGCUGCAGCGAGAACUGCUCCUUCCCAAAGAUGCCCAACAGGGACCUGCUGACGCUCAGCGAAGAGGAGGCCGGUGUGGUGGCUCAGGCUCGGUCCCCCAGCCGCUACAGCGUCUGCCCGACAUGCGGCGGCAGCACCAAGCUGGAGGAGGGAGGAUACAAGAGGAGCUGCCUGAACUCGGACUGCAAGAGCCUGCAGGGGGUGCACAACACCUGCUACCCACGAGUGGACCCAGUGGUCAUAAUGCUGGUGAUCCACCCUGAUGGAAACCAGUGUUUACUGGGAAGGAAGAAGAUCUUUCCAGUUGGGAUGUUCUCCUGUCUGGCUGGAUUCAUAGAGCCUGGGGAGGCCAUCGAGGAGGCGGUGAGGAGGGAGGUGGAGGAGGAGAGCGGGGUCAAGGUCGGACCGGUCCAGUACAUCUCCUGCCAGCCCUGGCCAAUGCCCUCCAACCUCAUGAUCGGCUGCCUCGCUGUCGCCGUGUCGACUGACAUCAGGGUGGACAAGAACGAGAUCGAGGAGGCUCGGUGGUUCCCACGGCAACAAGUGAUUGACUCCGUGUUCAGAGCAGUCCGUCCAGCCUUCAGCCUCCCUCCCAGACAGACCAUCGCCCACCAGCUGAUCAGACACUGGAUCGGAACGAGCUCCAACCUUUAGCGCCUCCAAAUAUUUGUUUCAUACUCUACACAAGCUACGUGGACACAGCUGUAAACAUAGCCUUUACCAUGCAGAUGCAAUUACACCACACAUCCAACGGGGGGAAGCAAAGGUCAGACCCAGGGUCCUCUUCAGAUCAUGGUUUUUGUUCAGUAGAAACAAAAGAGGAGCGCAUCAUUUUGUAACUGUUAAAUUGAUGAUGGUAAAAGGAAAAGAGGACAAAAAUGCUCCUCACUGCCCGCCUUUGUCAUUUUGGGGUUUACUGGCAUUUAUUCUUCUGUAAACAAAGACUUAUGAGUAGCGUGACAGUGCAGUAUUUGAUUUAUUGGAAACAAGUUAAAUAACACUAGUGCUUGCAUUGAGUUACAGAACUGUGGAUGACAGGAUGACACAAGUACAUGUCAAACCCUCUUUGCACAAUUUCCAUUUUCACAUUAUACAUGGCUCAUUUUAAUAUUAAAGCAAAACAC